GCAGCAGCGUCCAGGGCGGGAGGCCCGGGCGGUGGAGGAGUGGGGGGCCGACACCAAAGAACUUGACGGCACCCUCGCGGGCCUGAACUUUGGCACAAGACUGCUGCCGGAGCUGGGAGCUGCGGAGAUAGUGCACAAUAUAAAGCGCCGCCACAACGUGGCAUACGGCGAGCAAGCAGAGGUGCAUCUUGUGGAGUGGGAGAACCUGCCGGGAUACCCCCAUCACAUCCGCAAUGGCCAGCCUGUGGCCAUCAAGCAUUGUCUGCUGUCCCUGGGAGGCGGACGCUUCUCGGAGUGCAACACCCUGGAGGAAUUCAAACAGGCAGUGAUCGCGUAGUUCAGCCGCUGGCAAUGUCACGGUGGUCAGGCCAAUGGCUGGACUGUGCCGAAUUGCGCGCCACCCGCUGGUUUGAGCCAACCCACACCUACAUCAUGCAUGCCUACAAGCUGGGCUCUGUGGGCUCCCUGCUAAAGGACAUCUGCCACCGGAUCUCACCGCCUCCAACCUGCUGGUGGAUGACUGCGCCCCCGGUGGCGGCAUGCGCCUGCUGUUUGCCGACCCCGCCAUGGCGCAGCCCAUCCGCACUCUGAAGGAUGCUGCGCGGUGCCACAAACUUGCGGGCACGUGGCUGUGGGGUUCCAUGGCGGUCUGCAACAGCUGUUUCGAUGCUACCGCUGAUCUCUACUCUCUGUCCUUCAUCUUUGCCGAGAUAUGGCUGGUGGCCGAGGGCGCGGCAGUGCCAGCGUUUGAGGUCAUCCGGAUGCUCAAGCUGGACCAGGACAGAACCGAGGGGGUGCAGUUGAUGCGUCACUUGAUACUCGAGGUGCUGAAGGCGCACCGCUACGGCAACACUAUUCGCGGUACCAUCCAGCCCAGGGUUGAUCGCCACCUGCCGGUGUCCUGGCUGGGGGCUUGGGCCCUGCUGCUGGGAUUCCAAGAUUUGAAGGAACCCCACCACGUGGGCGUGCUUCCGUGCCUGCGGCCCUCGGAGGAGGAUAUGCUGGACGUGUUCCAGUGCUGGGCGCGCAUUGCUGCUGCGGCAGAGGACUUGCCUGGCGACCUGACAGGGGAGCGGGCGCAGUCGGUGGCCUGUGCUCCCCUAAUCAGCGACAUGUGCGCUCUGCUGGCGCGCCUGUGUGAUCUCAGCCACCUGGAUGACCGGGAGCAGGAGGAUGCGGCGCUGGUGUGGGCUGCCGCCAACUUCAUGCACCAGGAUCACCCCUUGGUGACGGCCAUGAAGGCUCAGGGUGCAGCUGGCUUUGGCAUGCCGGAGCCUGCAAGAAAUAUCAAGCAAGGCUGGCUGCAGGCUGUUCAGAAUGCGCGACGCGCUGUGAGUGCCAAUCAGCAGUCCAUGCUGAAGCAGCAGCAGCAGCAGCACGAUCUGGCCGCUCUGCAAAAGCUUAAAACGGUGGCACUGCAGGGCGGGGUGUUUGACGCCAACGUUGUGCAAGCAGCGCAGUACCUGCUGCCGCCACCCAACCUGGCCUGCCUACUGGCAGCAGCAGCGAGCUCCGGCACCAUACCUGCGCUCGCUGCCGCAGCAGCGGCACCACCUGCUGCUGUUCCUCAGGGGGCACCACAAGAUGUGGCCACUUUCGGGCGCCUCAACACCACCAGCUGGAAGGACGGCAGCUCGCCGGCUCCCGGCUGUGCCAUCAACUCCCCCAUCAUCCGGGAUGGACCUGAGGGUGCCAAGAGCAGGCAGCACGGCGAGCCAGCGCAGGCAGGCAUGGAGGAGGCGCCUCCUGCAGAUGCCAGGCGGGGCGGGCAGGAGGAGGUGAACGGCGGCGGUGCCGGCAGGCAGGAUGGGCAUGUUGAGGAGACGGCCGAUGACUUGGUGGCAGUGGGCAAUGGGCAAUACUGUCGCCGCUCAGUGCUGGUGCAGGUACAGGCCAUGUGGGAGCAUCCCGUGGCCAAGAAUGUUCCCAUUCAUCAAUUGGAGGACGAGAACAUGCUGAAAUGCAACUUCUGGCCCUGAGCAACGCCUUCCUGCCUGGGCUGCCAGCGCUGGCAAAACGCGCAACGAGUCAGCUCAGCACCGCAUUGGUGCUGGCGUGAUCGGAUGUGCAAUUUGGCGUUGAGCAGAACUGAAAUUAAGUUCUGAACUCCGAGCUUUCGAGCUUUUUAUAGUCCCUUUCUCAUGUCAAGAGAACUUUCUAUUACUGGAUUUCUACUUGUGUGCUUGACUGUAAUGGAUAUUCAAUGAUUUCUACUUUGAGUCCCACAUUGGGCGCGUGAUCAGUCACUUGUGUGCUUUACUGUUUCUUACUGGCUGUAAUCCAACUACAGAC